GACAUGAGCUAACGUUAGCAGACACAUAGAUAAAUACGUAGUAUUUAUGCGUGGCUGACUGGAUACAGAAGUGUGUCUUGUUUAAUACAUAAGUUACUUUUAAAAGUAGUUAAAUGGUUAGGGUAGUUAGCAGCAAACUAGCUUUUAAUGCUAGCACAGUGUGUAGAUUCGAGUUCCAAUAGUAGUUCAGCUUUUUCUUUAAGUCCCACCCAUGCGCUAUUCCUAUUGGUCGGGAGAUCUGGAGUCAUGUGUCGUUACGGCGCUUGAGCCCCGCGAAUGGCUGUGCCAUCUGUCAGUUAUCUUUUCACCACUUGUUGCUAGGGAGAUUGUUUGAUGCUAGCCACGGCGGAAGUAGAGGUACCUGUCACUUUUUAGGGUAAACAGAGGUGCGAGCUAACUAGCUAAUGUGGCGACACGGCAUACCAUCAGUACUUUAUGUUAUGUAUCAAAGUGGUUAUACAUGUGUAAUAGCAGUAGCCCGGUCUUAAAACACAAGGUAGCUAACCGCUAACGUCAUAAGGACGAAGAAAGGCGCAGCUGUGCGAGAGGAGGGAGGGACCCUGCCCGCUAUCUAACGCUGUCGUUUGCGCGUGUGCUAGCCAGCCCUGCGAGCCUUCUCGACUCUCCCAUUCACCUUCAGCAGCACCCACAAGAAGUAGUCCUGUCAAGGGUGGGGUGAUGUCUAAAGCUCUGUGUUCACCAUCUGUUGUCUGCUGAAUUUACAAGAACGAAAAAGGCAUUGCGCGUCCGGUACGAGCCGACAUCACUUCUCUAGUCUUGGGAGGAUGGAGUGGUUGCAGUGGGCUAGCAAGUCCUGAUUUUUUUUUUUUUUUUCUGUCAUUAACGUGUUUAAUGCAAAUGUAGGAAUGGGAAGAUGAGAACCUGAUGAAGAAAAAAGCUUUGAGCACAAACUGGACUCUCACAGAGUGGAAACCCCAUCUUGGAUCUUAUAUGCCUUUUAAACAUACAGAAUCCUGUUGAAGACCCUUUCCCCUCACUAUCUUUAACCACUUUUUUUACGUUCAUGUAUCUAUCUCCGUCUUCUAGUACAAGUACAGAAGUUAUAGAUCCAAGCUAGUUGGCCCCGUUUUUGUUUUUAUUUUUUACUUCCACCUUUUGUUCCUUUGUAAAGAAAUGCUUUACCUGAAAAAAUACUUCACAGAGGGCCUGAUUCAGUUCACCAUCCUUCUGAGUCUCAUUGGGGUGCGGGUGGACGUUGACACCUAUCUAAGCAACCAGCUGCCCCCACUGAGAGAGAUCAUCCUGGGCCCUAGCUCAGCCUACACCCAGACACAAUUUCACAACCUGCGCAACACGCUGGACGGCAAUGGCAUCCAUCCAAAGAGUGUGGACCUCGACCAGUUUUUCACCACUCGGCGGCUGCUGAACCAGGUGCGCCAGCUGGAUCGCAUCUUUGUGCCCAGUACCGAGCUCAACACCUGGCUAGUGCAUCGUGACUCAGAGACUGUGGUGUCCACCAGCAGCCAGUCCAGCCCCAGCAUCACCCUGGACAAUGGGGGCGGCCUAGAGGACGCUAGCAACCCUGACGCUACCCCGGCCAUGAGGGGAGGAAGCGGAACGCCUGAAUCCACGUACAACCUGAACGAAGCAGACAGCAGCCUGGGAGCUGUGGCCCCAGAGGGCAACCAGGAGCCGAGCAGCAGGGAUGGUAAUGACGACCUCACCAAAGAGGACAUUGACUUGAUUGACAUCCUAUGGAGACAGGACAUCGACCUCGGUGCAGGAAGAGAAGUGUUCAACUACAGCAACCGUCAGAAGGAGAGUGAGGAGGAGAAGCCCCACCCACAGGAGAACAAAGACGGGAAUGAGGAACAAGAGAGGUGGAGAAAUGGAGUAAACUUACAAGGUGCUCAGCCAGUAGAUGGGGAGACUGGAGAGAGUAUUCCAGAGCAGCUCCCAGGUCUUGGUUCACAGACUUCACUCUCUCUACAAGAAUGCUUGAGGCUGUUGGAGGCCACUUUCCCUUUUGGAGAAGAAUCUGAGUUUCCAGCACCGGUUGUCACCCCAGAAAUAGUUUCCAAUGAAGGAGUUGCGUCUACUUCUCAGAGCCUUCCUCUGGCACCACAGCUGCCCCCAGCAGAGCCCCAGUUAGACCUGGAGCAGCAGUGGCAAGACAUCAUGGCCAUCAUGGAGCUACAAGCAAUGGAAGUGAACAUCACUUCGCCCCACAGCAACUCCAGCAGUGACAUCGACUCGAGUGGGACAACGGAGUCAAACACUGGGGGAAACUUUGGACUCCCUACUCACCCGACACCGGUAAACCAGGAUGUCAGCCUCCACCAGGCUUCCCUCCCCAGCUGCAGCCAAGACUUCCCCCAGAUUUUCAAUCCCCAGUUGGACUCUACUAGCACCGCCCCGAGACCCACAAUGCCCAGGCUCGCUUCCAGCAACUCCAGCAACAUCAACUCCACGUUUGGCACCACUAACCUGACCGGGAUCUUUCUCCCACCACACAUCAAUAGUUCCAGUACCAACGUGACGUCCACGCCGAUCCUGCCCGAUCCGUUCAGCAACCUGCUGGAAGAGUCCAUGUUGGAUGAGAUCAGCUUGCUAGACCUCGCCAUGGAGGAGGGCUUCAGCCAGGCCCAAGCUUCGCAGCUGGAGGAUGAGCUCGACUCCGAUUCGGGCCUUUCCCUGGACUCCAGCCACAGCCCGGCCUCCCCGAGCAGCUCCGAGACGUCCUGCUCUUCGGCGGCGUCGUCGUCGUCGACGUCCGCCACCUUCUCCGAGGAGGGAGCCGUGGGGUACAGCACCGACUCCGAGGUCGCUGCCGCAGAGACGGAGGAAGGUGCCGUUGGCGGCUAUCAGCCUGGGUACAGUAAGCUCUGCCGCAUGAGCUACCAGGACCCCUCCCAUAACCACGGCCUCCCUCAGCUCGACAGCAUCAGCCACAACCAUACUUACAACCUGCCGCUCUCCUCCGCGUUCGCCGAGCAUCUGGAGCUCCCCGUAGCAGUUGGAAAGAAGACCGUCCGCGACAAACACAACAAGCUUCAGCCUCCUCUGGACUUGCUCGACAAGCACUCGAGCCGCGACGAACGCCGAGCCCGGGCGAUGAAAAUCCCCUUCUCCAACGAGAAGAUCAUCAACCUGCCCGUGGAAGAGUUCAACGAGCUCCUAGCCAAGCACCACCUGAGCGAGGGCCAGCUGGCCCUCAUCCGCGACAUCCGCAGGCGCGGCAAGAACAAGAUGGCGGCCCAGAACUGCCGCAAGCGCAAGCUGGACACCAUCAUCAACCUGGAGCAGGGCGUCCAGGACCUGAGGCGCGACAAGUCCCGCCUGCUGAAGGAGAAGAUGGAGUUCAUUCGUUCCAUCCGGCAGAUGAAGCAGAAGAUGCAGAGUCUGUACCAGGAGGUGUUCACUCAGCUACGGGACGAGCAGGGCCGGCCCUACCCCCCCAGCGAGUACUCGCUCCAGUACAGCGCCGACGGCAGCGUGCUGAUCAUGCCCCGUGGCGUGACAACUGCCGAGCAGAACCGUAAGCCCGAGAAAAAACAGAAAGACAAAAAGAAGUGAGGGGUGGGCAAACUGCUGUUUAUUCUAUCACUUUGCUAUAUCAAUAAGAGAGAUUUCUGCAGAUGCAAGAGAGAUGUCCUUUUUUUUUCCUUUUAAGAAGAUUCUGGUGAGUAGAAAAACGGUAUUGUUGACUACUCUUCCUGCAUUGGUUUCUCCCUUUUCAGUCUGUUCCUACGUUUUUGUUUUUUUCUCCUUUUCUUCCCGGAAACAACUUUGACGCAGAAGUUGCUCUUCGUUUGAGUACUGAUAUUUCGUUAUUUAGACGGGGGGGGGAAACGAUAAGCAAGGAGACGAGGGAGAUAAAAGGACAUUAAAUGAGCUAUUAGAAGAAAAAAAUUAGCCGCUCUCUCUUUUGCAACAAACCACUGAGGAUGGAGAUGUGUAGGGUGUAACAAGGGACUGGUAUUGAGAAAAGUGGAAGUAAAAGAACCCUGUCAACAAGGAUGGUUGGAAUACCUAUGCACCGAAGGUUUUAAAAGGACAGAUAACAUCCCUUCCUGGAGACUUUUAGUGAUUUUUGUCACGGAGGCUUUUAAGUUGCAAAUCUUCAGGCAAAGAACAGCAUCUAUGGUUGUGAGAGUUUAGAUACCAAAGGCUAAAAGGAAGUCCAUCAUUUUAGGAUGCAAUUAACACCCAUACUAACCAAAGGUUGUAUGGUGCACAUCACUUGAUCUGAACACAUCUUAUAUGCUCAAACGCUGCACUCAAAUUCUGUCGGUUUGUGCAUCGCAAAUUCCAGUUUUUGAGUCAGUUUUGUUGGCGGCAUCUCAAGUUCAGAAGGCCCUGAAAAGAUUGGGUGUGUAUGUGUGGAAGGACGACGUUGAGACAAGAAUAGAGUCAGAAGCCGAGCGUUCCUGAGCUGGCCACUGCUAAAAGAGGCCUGGAGUUGGAGUCCUGCAAGAGGAGCACAUGGAUGUUUUAGGGAGGAGAUGCACUGCAUUGCAAAAUGUAUCAACUUCCUUAUAAAUUAUACAUAGCACUGUAAUUUGUCUUUAAAAGGCUUGGCUAUAUGCAUUUUGCCGUGUCUGUCGCUAUUCCUUCGCUGCAGGUUUAAAUACGGGAGCUGCGUUUAGGAAGGCUCUUAUUAACUGUUCAUAAUCUGUAGUAUAAGCAAGGUUAUAGGUCUAGCUACAUAAGCUUUAUGUAAAAGUCUACACUCUUUUGGUUGAUUUUUUUAAAACGUCACGCAGAGCCUGUAAUCAUAAGAGGAAUUGAAGGUACCGGGACGGGCCCAGAGCUCCAGAGAGUACUGUUUGAUUUCCACCAAUUUCUCCAGGCUGUCACCAAUAAGAGUUAUGGAUCAUUUAUCGGUUUCUUUUGGACGCCUUGUUUUAAGCACCAACUUAAAACGGGCUCAGUUGUCGCUGUGGUUUAGCGAUAUCCAUUUUCAUUAACUUAUUUGCCAACGUUACCCAACUGAAAGCCACUUGAGGCAAUUUUUAACUGCUGUAAAGCUGAGGUCUUGGCUUAAAUAUUGAGUCCGAGUAUUUAAUUUGUUUGUGUCGACACAGCGAGCCAAGGUGUUCCAGGAGAUAAAAGUUAUUUGAAUGCGUGAAAUGACCGUGUGUGUUGUGGCCACUUUGAUUUGCCUUUAUUUCUCAAUCUCAUCUCUCACUUUCAAUGUUUUGAGAACUGAAGGAAAACGUCCUCAAAGAAGUGCUAUUACUUUGUUUGAAUGAAGUUCUGUCAGUACGUGUAACAUGGCCCUCUUUUAAAAAGAAAAAAUAGGUAAUUGUUGCAGCUGAGAUAGCGAUUAGGCUAGAAUAUUUACAAGAGGCUGAACAGAACUCGCAACAUUAAGAUGAUGUCCAAAAAAAAAUGUUUUUGAAAGCAGAUAUGUCCUCAUUAAAUGUGAUAUUCAGGCAUGGAACUGGUUAACAUUCACUUCAGUGUAACACCAACAAUUUAGUACUGCUACUACUUAGUGCACUUUUUUUUUGUCUGUCUUGUUAUGUAAAUAUUUUUAUGUUUGUGUUUGUCAUGAUUUAUGUAGUUUGUCAAAUGUCUCCAUAACGGCCUCACCCUCUGCUUUCAGUUUGGAUGUAGUUUCCUCUGUUUUGAGGUAUUUGCCGGCAAUCAAGAAUUGUUUUUAUUGAUUAAUAAAGUGUUUUUAUUUUCACCUGUGA